AUGGUCGAUCGAGACCAGCCUCGGAUGCCCCAAAUCGAAGCGCCAGAGAGGAGCAGGCAAGCCCGGGCGCCCCGUGGGCUGAGCCUCCAGCGCGAAGCAGAGCUGCUGGCGCCCCUGUAUGGGGAUUUAGCGGCUGGAAAGAUGGCUUCCUCCACCGGUCCGCUGGGCCCCAUCGACAGCCUGGAGCUCCUGGACCUCCUGUUCGAUAGGCAGGACGGUGUUCUGAGGCACGUGGAGCUGGGCGAGGACCAGGUCCUGCCAGCCCCGGACUCUGAUGAGCUCCUCAACUCCAUCCUGGCUUCUGGAGACUCGGUGGCCAGCUCCCCGCUCUGGUCUCCCGCGGCCAGCGACAGCAGCGUCUCCGAAGAUCUGCCCUCCGACCCCCAGGACAGCCCUCCAUGCAGUGGCCCGGCUGCCACCCACGUGGGCUGCCAGAGCGUGGAGCCUGGCAAGGGGCCCUGGCCCUCCUACCGUCUUGGACCCCCCGGCCCCGCCAGGCCCCCAGGGCCGGUGACUCAAAUGCUCGGGGCCUCUGUGACCAUUGACCUGGAAAUGUGGAGCCCGGGCCUGCACCCUGAGGAGCGGGCCGACUCAGGCCCGCACUACAAACUCACAGUCAAGGACCUUCUCCUCUCGGGCAGCGGCGGGGACCUGCAACAGCAUCAUCUGGCAGCCCCCUACCUCUUGCGACCUGGGACUGGACACUGCCAGGAGCUGGUGCUGACAGAGGAUGAGAAGAAGCUACUGGCCAAGGAAGGCAUCACUUUGCCCACCCAGCUGCCCCUCACCAAGUAUGAGGAGCGGGUGCUGAAAAAAAUCCGCCGGAAAAUCCGGAACAAACAGUCGGCCCAAGAAAGCCGGAAAAAGAAGAAGGAAUAUAUUGAUGGUCUGGAAACUCGGAUGUCAGCCUGCACCGCCCAGAACCAGGAGCUUCAGAGGAAGGUCUUGCAUCUCGAGAAGCAGAACCUGUCCCUCCUGGAGCAGCUGAAGAGACUCCAGGCCAUUGUGGUCCAGUCCACCAGCAAGUCAGCCCAGACGGGCACCUGCAUAGCCGUCCUGCUGCUCUCCUUUGCCCUCAUCGUCCUCCCCUCCAUCAGCCCUUUCACCUCCAACAAGGCCGAGAGCCCCGGAGACUUCGCACCUGUGCGAGUUUUCUCCAGAACUUUGCACAACGACGCCGCCUCCCGCGUGGCCCCUGACACCACGCCCGGCUCUGAGGCCCCAGGCCCCUGGCCCCAGGCUGGCGCACCCCAAGAAGGGUCUCCAGGCAGCCCCGGGUCAGACUGGCAAUCGCAGAACAUGCUGGCUCUGGAUAACUCGACGGAGAAGUUGGACAACUUGACCCUGGUCUCAGGCAACUCCUCAGAGGAGCUGAGCCGGGCGACCCUGCUGGACUGGGCCUCGCCCGAGCCAGCGUUCAGCCCGGGGCGCGCAGGGCUGGAGGCUGCUGGGCAGGAGCUGUGAGCACCGCCCGGACGUGCCGCCAGGCCCCUCUGCUCAGGGGCCCUGCAGUGGACAGCGGCAGGCACGGGGAUCGGAGGUGAGGCAGAGACCCCGGUGACGAUGCACCAGCUCAGAGCUACACACCCAGGGACCCAGACACACGCAGAAACACGCUCAGACAUGGGGCAAGCAUGGGCCACAAAGCCUGGGAAAUACACACAGACCCAGGCGCACAAGGAAACAGGCAGACACGUGCAGACUGACCCACAGACCCCGACGGACAGACACGCACCAGGUCUCAGCAACUCCGCCGCCCGGGCCUCCUCCCUGCCCGCGUCACACAGGGAGGAGGAAGGGGCCGAGACCACGGGGACCUUGGCCCCGGAGCCCUGGCCGAGCUCUGAACUUCGGGCGGCCACCGCCCAGUCACCCUUCCCCUCUUUCUAAGACAGCCGUGAUCCCUAAUAAAGUAUUUU